AUGCUGUUUCUGUUUGCGCUUGUAAGUUUGGUGCUUCCUUUUGCUUAUGCAGUUCAACUCAACCAUAUCGACUAUGAAGGUGCUGUGAAUGCGCUUGUGAAUAGUCUUGCGGACGACGUUUCUGGAAACGAAGGUAUUGUAAGCCAUACGGGGAUUUACGAAAGCUUGUACCAGGAAGACUUGAGUCAGUUCAACUUUACCAUAAACUAUCUGUCUGGAGACAACUAUGGAAAAGUGGACUCUCUUUUGAAAUUGGCUUCUCAAGCAAAUGAUAAAGACUUAGUUGGUGAUCUUGUAUAUCUAGCUCAUUAUGCAUCAGUCGGUGGUUACAACGAGUAUAUGCAACUGAAUGAUAAAUCCAGUUUCGCUAAAGAUUUGCUCAGUUUUUGCAAUAACGAUGCGACGAUCUUUACCAAACUCAGUAAAUCUAGCUCGAAUCAAAAAUUACAAGACUUUUUCCAAAAAUUGAUCUCCCAAGAAUCGGAUACAUCCUCCUCCAACAACUUGGAAAAGCGUUACGAUGGUACAUACACCUGCGACGAUAAGCAUACAGCAGUGAAAGGGUCAUGCGUUCUACUGAAAAAUUAUUUAUGGGGUAACCCAGGAACUAUUCCCCAUGGUCCUCGUGCUGUCUGUUAUGCUGGUUGCUGCGUUUCCUGGAGUAUGGAUGCUCCCGUAGUAUUGGGUGACUUGGCUCCACGAGUUGACACCUGUAUACAAACUUGCCCAAACGACCAGUUCAGUUGCAUCAAUCAUGAUGUCGUCAUUGGCAAUGUAUAUGGAGAAGAUGUUUGUGUCAGUGGAAGAACCAAAUUCUGCCAUUAA